CCUGAACAAAGUCAUCACGAUGCACUAGCAGUGCUACAAAUGCCACCACCUCUGACUUCUAAGAUAGUCUAUUCAGUUAUUCUCUAUACUGGAAAAGGUCUUGUUAUUUUAUCACGAGGGUUUCAAGGAUUGAAAGAAAUCAUUUGGCCUCCAAGCGUCAAGCCAGACCUUAUCAAGACCUAUUCUUGCCGGCCACAUUUACCCGUUCGGAUCUUUUUGCCAGCCUCCCACGAUAUAUCGUCCCCACAUGUUUACCCUGUUUUGUUUGCUAUAGUUGGAGGUGGGUUGUUUAUAGGUUACAAUAAGGAGCACGAUGAGUGGAAUCGCACCUUCGCUGACAGCCAGCAUGUUGUUGUUAUUGGACUUGACCACUCCAAGGCACCAAGAAACCCGUUUCCCGGACCCGUUCACGACAUUGAAGCCUUGAUGCUUGCUGCACUAGCUGAUAAAACCAUCCCCCUUGAUCGCUCGUCUCACCACCCCAUAAACCGCAUUGCGCUCCUAGGUUUCGCCUCCGGAGGCAACCUCGCGCUCGCGGUCAGCCAACUACCCUCGAUACAUAAUCACCCCCUUGCGCCCGCUGCCGUCAUGAGUGUUGCUGGUGUUCUCGAUUUCUCAAUCCCAACAGAGAAAAAGUUGGCCAAUAGGUUUUACAAACCUAGCUUGAAGCCCUCAAAGCGCGGCGGUAGGGACAGCUUUGGCCCUGUCAUGCCGGCGUUAUGCUGGGGAUACGUUCCAUAUGGUGUGGAUCUGUGCAACCCACUGCUGAGCCCAGGAUAUGCGGAUCUCUCAAUGUUCGCGCACGAAGCCUGGCGCCUGGCAUGCCGGCUGUCGCGUCAAGGGGCUGGGGUUGAUCACGGAACGCCGGAUUCGGAUAGCAAGCAGGCCCAGUGGCGAGUUGUUGGA